GAGACUAGAGCCAGAGUGAAAGUGAAGGAGAGGCGACACCCGAGAGUGCUAGGGUCAUCCUAGCCUGCUCCUAUCCUGGCUGUUGCUCCAAAUCCAUAUAUAGCUCCUGACAACUGGAAAGUCCAACUCCCCCCCCCACCCCAGCCGCUGGUCGCAUAUCUGCUUCUGAAGGCUGAGCAAGGCUCUUAGCUACUGCUGUGCUCUCUGGUCCCCCAUUGCAGCAGGAUGGCUGAGAAGCAGGAGCAGCCUGAAGCUGCCCAGAAUGGUGAAAAAGCAGAAAAUGCAGAGGCAGAAAAUGCAGAAAAUGCAGAAGAGGUUGAAAAGGUCAAGCUGGAAGAUCUGCCACCCUUUGAAAUUGUAACCGGGGAACGCCUUCCUGCCUUCUUUUUCAAAUUCCAGUUCAAGAAUGUAGAAUACAGUUCUGGCAGGAACAAGACCUUUCUGUGCUAUAUUAUAGAGAUUCAAGGCAAGGAGCCAAAAACCAUUAAGGGCUAUCUGGAGGAUGAACAUGCUGCAGCCCAUGCAGAAGAUGCUUUCUUCAAUACCAUCCUGCCUACCUGCGAGCCAGGCUUGCACUACAAUGUCACCUGGUAUGUCUCUUCAAGCCCCUGUGUGGCCUGUGCUGAUCGGAUAACUAAGGUCCUACAGAAGAACAAGAAGUUACGACUCUCCAUCGCAGUGGGGCGUCUCUUCAUGUGGGAGGAACCCGACAUCCAAGCUGCUCUGAGGAAAAUGAAAGCAGCUGGCUGCAAAAUGAGGAUCAUGAAACCUCAAGACUUUGAGUACGUCUGGAAGAAUUUUGUAGAGCAGGAGGAAGGGGAGGAACCAAAGGCCUUCGCUCCCUGGGAGGAUAUUCAAGAAAACUUCCAGUAUUAUGACGAAAAACUUGCAGAGGUCUUGCAUUGAGCUUGGGGAGAAAUCUACCAGCACUGUGGAGAGACCAACAUGAUAUGCUUUGACAUCUGGGACUACCCCUUCAGUGCUCCAGAGCCACUGUGAAAGAGAAAAACACCACUCAUCUCUGGCUGACGUGCUGCUCCUGCCACUGAUAAACUAAAAAUACAUAUACUAUGAUGCAUGUAGGCAUUUGGUUGUUGGAAACAGAUAAAACUGUACCUCUGCAGCUCAUACAGAAAGGGGGGGGGGAUUAAAAGAUGCAACAAAGGGGAAGGUGUCCAGUGCAAAGCUUUGUCAUCACUGAAACUUCAGAGAAACAAGUCAAAUCACAGCAAAAACUUGCAAAACAAUAGCACAAUUUAGAGGUUGUUGUGGGUUUUCCGGGCUGUUUGACCGUGUUCUUAAUUUAGAGGCCUAGCAAAUGUUGGCAUUAUAAAAAGAUACUCUCUAAGACAACAGAAGUAAGUAUAAUAAUGUGUUGUCUUUAUUUUUGGUGACAUAACUAAACCCUACAGCUUAAUAUGCAGGUUAAUUGCUCUGUAGCAACUGCAUCAAGUAGAGCUCAGUAAGUUCUACAAGUGUUUCUACUGUAUAAGAGCAAAUGAGAAAAUAAAAUUUGUUGAAUUAAGCUUGACUGAAUGCUUUUCUCCAAAAAGUAGAACCUAGAUUUGUCAGUUAAGCUAAUUAAAAUUUAAAAACAA